GGGGCCUUCGGAAACUCUAAUAAUGACAGGCAGGGUGCAGGUCCUCACUUCCCCUUUCUGCACAGUGCAGCCUGGGCACCACUGAACAGUCCUCGCUGGGCAGCCCGAAGCAAACAUGGACCAGGAAACCCUGGGCAAUAUUGUCCUGUUGGCCAUCGUUACCCUCAUCAGCGUGGUCCAGAACGGGUUCUUCGCCCACAAGGUGGAGCAUGAAAGCAAGACCCACCCUGGGCGGAGCUUCCAGAGGACUGGGACGCUUGCCUUUGAGCGGGUCUACACUGCCAACCAAAACUGUGUGGACGCGUACCCCACUUUCCUCGUCGUGCUCUGGAGUGCGGGGCUGCUGUGCAGCCAAGUUCCUGCUGCCUUUGCUGGGCUGAUGUACCUGUUCGUGAGGCAGAAGUACUUCGUAGGCUACUUGGGAGAGAGAACUCAGAGCACACCCGGCUACAUAUUUGGGAAACGUAUCAUCCUGUUUCUGGUCCUCAUGUCCGUUGCUGGUAUAUGCAACUAUUACCUCAUCCUCUGUUUCGGAAGUGACUUUGAAAACUACAUAAAGACCAUCACCACCACCAUCUCCCCUCUGCUGCUCAUCCCCUAACUGUCCGCUGAGUGCAGGGUUGGUGUUCUCAUCUGAUCAAUAAUACCUAGACGUCAUCAUAACACAACCUCUGAAGAGAUGCAGCUCCUCUUCAGAAAGGAAAUAGAUCUAAUGACCAUCUGGGCUCUGCAUCUUGAGUUAACCUAGCUUUUCCUGGAAGAAAAUACCUGUGUCAGCUCUGCCCUCGAAAAUGGCAGUGGCCCUGGAUUUGUUCCUCAGAUCCUCUCUGUUUGCUCCUUGACUUAUCCUGCUUUCUGAAGAUGGUUUGGGACCAGAUUUAUGUUUUCCUAAAAUAAAAUACAGAGACAUGUUU